AUGAGCGACCUUCUCACUCCCAUUCCGGCCAGUAACUCCUACUACGACCUCGGCACCCUCACUCGUCCCAUCACCACCACCUCCCCAGACGCUCAAGAGUGGUUCGACCGCGGACUACGCUGGGCAUACGGCUUCAACCAUGCAGCAGCUGCAUGGUGCUUCGAACAAGCUCUCUUACACGACAAGUAUUGCCCGGCGGCAUACUGGGGUCUAGCAUAUUCUCUCGGACCGAAUUAUAACAAACCGUGGGAAGUUUUCGACGAAGCUGAUAUCAAGAGGACGGUGGAGAAAUGCCAUUCAGCAAUGGAAGAAGGACUGAAACUUAGUAAUGGUACAGAAAUCGAGAAGGCAUUACUAGAAGCUAUCAGUACGAGGUUCCCCGUUGAUAGGGAUAGUAGAACACAUGAUGAGUGGAAUGUCAAUUACGCCAAUACCAUGGUCGAAUUAUAUCAUCGCUUUCCGAACGACAUCGACGUUGCCGCCUUGACCGCUGAUGCACUUAUGAGCCUCACUCCGUGGAGCCUAUGGGACAUCUCGACUGGUACACCAGCGAGUAAUUCUCGUACCCUCGAAGUUGAAGCUAUUCUCAACAAAGCCUUGACGAGUCCUGUGGGUUAUAGUCAUAUCGGUAUCUUACACCUUUAUAUUCACUAUGUCGAAAUGUCACCCACCCCUGAACUAGGCUUAGUACCCGGAGAUAGACUUCGUAAACUCUCGCCUGAAGGUGGACAUCUCACCCAUAUGCCAUCACAUAUCGACAUUCUCGUAGGCGACUACCGAAGGGCCAUCGCGUCAAAUUGGGAUGCAGUAGUAGCGGAUGAAAAGUAUAGGAAGGAAUCUGGUGAUUUAGGAUUAUACACAGUCUAUCGUGUACAUGAUUAUCAUACGAUCAUCUAUGCUUCAAUGCACUGCGGUCAAUAUUCCCAAGCUAUAAAAGCUGUAGAUGGAAUGGAAGAUUCCUUAUCAUAUGAUGUCCUCAAAGUCGAAUCGCCACCCAUGGCAGAUUGGUUGGAAUACUUCUUAACCGUCAGACCCCACAUCCUAGUCAGGUUUGGUAAAUGGCAAGAAAUCUUGAAAUUGAAAUUUCCUGAAGAUAAAGUCGUUUAUUGUACACUUAUCGCAACGAUCCAUUAUGCAAGAACUGUCGCUUUUGCCGCUAUUGGAAAAGUUGCUGAAGCCGAGGAAGAACAAAUCCUAUACAAGCAAGCAGUUCAAAGAGUGCCCAAAUCCCGUAUGAUCUACCCGAAUACAUGUCACGAUGUCUUGGCCGUUGGACAUCCGAUGUUAGAUGGUGAGAUCGAAUAUCGAAAGGGGAAUUACGAGAAAGCUUUCGAAUAUCUUCGUGAAGCUGUAAGAAGAUAUGAUAACAUUGUUUAUGCGGAACCCUGGGGAUGGAUGCAACCCGUUCGACACGCCCUAGCUGCUCUGCUUUUAGAACAAGACAGAGUGGAAGAAGCUACGGUAGUUUAUGAGGAAGAUUUGGGUAUCAGCGGGACGUUACCCAGAGCAUGUCAACAUCCCAAUAACGUUUGGGCACUGUACGGAUAUCAUCAAUGUUUGAAAAGGUUAGGAAGGAAUCAGGAAGCUGUAAUUUGGGAAAAACAACUGGCAAUCGCUUUGGCUGUGGCUGAUGUACCGAUUAAGACUUCUUGCUUUUGCGCAGGCGCUUCUGAGAGAGAAAUUGACGGUAACAACCUCUCAGCGAAAUUGUGUUGUGAUGGAAAAUGA